AUGGCUUUUGCAUAUGACUUGAUUCUCUUCUCUAGAGGUGACCCCAAUUCAGUGAAACUAAUUAUGGAGUGUGUUAGUAAGUUCUCAGCAAGCUCAGGGCUGCAAGCUAUCUGUCUCAAAUCAAACAUAUAUACUGCUGGUAUUGGGGGUGUAGAUUUGGAUGAAAUAAGGAAUAUAACAAACGUUUCGAAUGGGGAAUUCCCCUUUCAUUAUUUGGGCAUUCCAUUGGCUUCCACCAGGCCCAAUUCUAUGCAUUAUUCAACACUUACCAAUAGAAUUGCUAGUCAAAUUGCUGCUUGGCCUGGGCAAACCCUGUCAUUUGCUGGAAAGUUGGAGCUGGAGCUUAUUAGAUCAGUAAACCAAGGCAUGAAUUGUUUUUGGCUUGCCAUUUUCCUGAUUUGCAAAUAUGUUAUGGAUCUCCUUUCCAAAGCCAUGUGGAACAUUCAAGACAAAAAGGACUCGCUUUGGGCAAAAUGGAUUAACCAGUAUAAUCUGAGGGGCAGAUCAUUGUGGGAGGUUUCCUCCAAACAUGAUGACUCACCAUUGUUUAAAAAAAUAGUGGAGAUUAAAAAUAGUUUGUUGAUUUCUUGUGGAGACCAGAGAGCAGCAGUGAAUCAAAUUCAGCAGUGGAUAGAUGGAAAUCAGAUUAGCUGUGCUAGAGCCUAUCAGUUUUGGAGACCUAAAGGGCAAAAGGCUCAUUGGCAUUCAGUGGUCUGGGCUAAGGGUCUCACUCCGAAGUUCUGCUUUGUUCUAUGGUUGGCAGCAAAAAGGAGAUUAUCUACCAAUGAUAAGCGCCUGGAUGAAGGAAUGGACUUAUCUUUUUUUUUUUGGCGGAAUGGACUUAUCUUGUGA